AUGAGAAGAAGAUGGUCUUUCUACAUGGAUUUUCUACCAGUUGUGGUGAUUAUAAGCUUUGAAUGUGUUGACAUGGGUUUACUCACUUUGUUCAAAGCAGCAACACUUGAAGGAAUGAACAACCAUGUCUUUAUUGCUUAUGCUUAUGUUGUUGGUACUUCUGUUCUCUUACCUGUCACUCUUUUCGCCAGAAGAGCAAGAGUGGUUCCUCCACUUACUUUCUCCAUAAUAUGGAAAAGUGUGCUUCUUGGGGCAAUAGGAUGUGGAUCUCAGAUUCUGGGGUAUAUUGGUAUUAACUAUAGUUCUCCAACACUUUCUUCAGCAAUUGCUAAUCUAGUACCUGCUUUCACUUUCAUGCUGGCUGUCAUUUUCAGGAUGGAAAAGUUAGUUUUAAAGAGUAGAAGUAGUAAUGCGAAAGUAGUGGGAAGCAUAAUAUCAAUAGCAGUGGAUUCAAGUUGGGCCAUUGCUGGCAUUAUUCUAACAGUUGACUACUUUCUGCUUUCACUAUGGUAUAUUUUACAGGUACAUAUCUUGAAAGAGUUCCCAGAUGAAGUAACUUUAGUCUUGUUAUACUCCACAACUGCAACAAUCAUAUCAAUAGUUGUAGCUUUGUUAUCAGUUCCAAAUGCAAGUGAUUGGAAAAUAGGACUAAAUCUCUCACUCAUCUCCAUACUUUCUUCUGGAAUAUUUGGAAAGUUAAUAGGCAAUCUAAUUUAUGCCUGGUCAGUUCACUUAAAGGGGGCUGUCUAUGUAACAUCAUUCAUGCCACUCCAAAUUGCUAUUUCUGCUAUCUUGGGAGUUAUAUUCCUUGGUGAUACUCUUCAUAUUGGAAGUAUAUUUGGAGCCAUAAUCAUCUCAAUUGGCCUUUAUGGUGUAUUAUGGGGCAAAACAAAAGAAGAGAUAGAGGAAGAUGUUGGUAGUCUGGAGUCAUCAUCUACAUCUACAGAGAAUGCACCUCUGUUGCAAAAUUAUGGAACUCAAACUUUUGAAAAGAAAAUAGAUGGAAAUGUAUAA